CAAUAAAAUCUUAAAUUAUUUGUUUCACCAACUCAAGAGUUUAAAUCGGUUCGACAAAUUUAAUUAUAAGACGAUUGUGAAACAACAAAAACUUCACCGGAAGUAUCAAAUACCCACAUACAAAAAAGGCUAAUUCCACUAGAAAGCUCAAACUAUUCAAAAAGUGUCACUUGUGUCAUAAACUAUUCAAUAUGACAAAUCUUGCACGAACUAUAUGUGUUGCGUCACAUUUGUGUCCUAAACUUAUUCAAUAUGACAAAUAUAGUAUAAACCACAUUGAUGCUGACUAGAUUUUCUGAUAAACACUAUCUAUGCCGGUCAAUGUCAAUAAAAAAUAGUUCGUACCAAAUUUGUCAUAUUGAAUAGUUUGGGAUACAAAUAACACUUUUAUAAUAGUUUUAUAAAAGUUUGAGGUUGCUGGUGGAAUUAAAAGGGAAAAAGAGAAGUAGUAGCGGCACGUGCCGGCCUGCCCCGCCCGCGGUAAAGAGCCGAAUCUGGAUUUGCCCACGACUUUUCGCCACUUGCAGAGAAUCAAACGGCUAACAUUUUAGAUCUCACAUCGCCCGUCCGAUCUUCAUCCAACGUCCGAGAUUAAAUCUUGUUCCCCACCUUCUGAUUCGUUCACACGCCAUAAGUUCUCCACUCCGCCUCUCACUUCCCCAAAAACCUCCCUCUUUCUAAAUUUCUCUCUCAGACCAAAAAAGAAAGAAAGAAAACUAACCUCUAUUCUUUCUCUCUCUGUCCACUAUUACCCUGCGCACUCCGCCACUGCUUAACCUGCGCCCUAUGUCGCCGGCGGCGGCCACUUUUGUUCUGUCAAUAAUUCGAAUCUCGCGCUAUAGGAGUACUGAAUAAGAGGAGAGUUCCCCCAGAAAACAAGCGCUCGUCCCUCGACCGUCAUUCAUUUCCCCAGAUGGAAAGCCAAACCAAGCUCACGAGAAGCUCGUCGUCGUUUCUGCGUUCUUCUUCGACCGUUCGAUCGUCAAUCCACAGCCUGUCUUCGAUGGCGGAGGAGGAUCUCACCACUCCGUUGAGACCGCCGGCGGAGGAGGACGACGACGAGAAGGAUGAUAAAGUGAUGAGAGAAGAUCGGCGGCGGAAGCCUCACCGGUGCGGGUCUAGCUCCACUCCGCGGAGGACCAGUUCAAGCCGAUUCACGCCUGUUAUAACCAUGUUUACCAUCGCCUUCUUGUCUUUCUUCUCCUUCUCCUUCUUUUUCUUCUUCUAUUUGAGAAGGGAAGAUACACCUACCUCUGAGAAUUUGCUUUUGGGAUUGGUUUUCAUUGCCGUAACCCUCUUUUUGGCAAGCAAGAACAAGAGCUUGAUUAACCAGAAUCUGACCUUGAUCAAGCAAAUUUGGGACGACAAUGGAAGGAGAUUCGGCCUAUUCACUUCCAGAACCAAGGCCAAGCAGCAGGUGAAAUGGUUCAUCGGCGAAUCAGAUUCGGCGGCCAGCGCCAUGAAAACUCACAAGGAGGAGAGGAUUAUUAGAGAAGGGGUGGAGUUCUACAGUAAUGGCGAUUACUACGAGGGCGAAUUCCACAAAGGCAAGUGUACCGGGAGCGGGGUUUACAAUUUCUUCGUUAGUGGAAGGUACGAAGGGGAUUGGAUCGAUGGGAGGUACGAUGGGCAUGGAAUUGAGAGUUGGACUAGAGGGAGUAGAUACAGAGGGCAGUACAGACAAGGUCUGAGGCAUGGCUAUGGAGUUUACAGAUUCUUCACUGGCGAUUCGUAUGCCGGGGAGUGGUGUAAUGGGCAGAGCCAUGGAGUUGGGGUUCAGACUUGCGCUGAUGGUAGCUGCUACGUUGGUGAAUUCAAGUAUGGUGCUAAGCACGGCCUCGGUGUCUACCAUUUCAGGAAUGGAGAUCGGUACGGUGGAGAAUACUUUGGAGACAAGAUCCAUGGUUUCGGUGUUUACCAUUUCGCGAAUGGCCAUUGCUAUGAAGGGUCGUGGCAUGAAGGGAGGAAGCAAGGUUAUGGGAUGUACACUUUCAGGAAUGGUGAAAGGAGAUGUGGGGAAUGGGAUGGAGGUACCAUUAAGAUUUCCUUCUCUCCGCAAUCUGAUGCAGUUCUUCGAGCCGUCGAGUCUGCCAGGAGAACAGCUGCCAAUGCAGUGAAAGUUCGAAGAGUGGACGAGCAAGUGAAUCGUGCGGUUCAUACUGCAAACCGGGCAGCUACAGCUGCUAGAGUGGCUGCUGUAAGAGCGGUCCAGAACAGGAUGGAUGGCAAGUUUUGUGAUACCAACGUUUAGUAGGUUAGCUAACAUGAGUUUUUGGGCUGCGCACUGGAUUGAACAAGAAGAAGAAGAUGAAUGACUUCAAAAGGAAGGAAGAAAAAUGUAAAGUUUGCCUUUUUUAUUUUAGGGUUUCGGUUUUCUUACUUGCUAAUUUAAUGUAAGCUAAGCUGGGAAGCAUGUUGUUGUGAAACACCCCGGUGAGCUGAGAAAGGAAAAGAAGGUCGCCGGAGGUUGAGAAAAGUGAGAGUGCUUUUGAGGCUCUCCUUCCCCUCCUCUUUCAAGUGUAAUUUGUACAUAUUUCCCACUCGCCGCCAUGUAUAUCGAUCACUAAUUGAAAUAUAAGUAGGAAUUUUUCUUUUGUUUUCGAGUAGCAGUUGAACUAAUAUUUCAGUUGAUUGCAGUUGAAAUAUAAGUGUUCAUUUGAUCUCAUCACAUUGGCUAAUCGGUGAUGGUGCAUUGUUUCAAAUUCAUUGUUUGAAUCAAUUAAUUAUGAUUAUGAUAGGCCCAUUUCCCAAAUGUUUGAAAACUCAUGGCUUUCUUUUCUUUGUCACACUAGUUUCAUGUCAAAUAUUUAAAGUGAUGAGGAUUCAAUGUUCAAUUAUCUAAUUAUGAUAGACGAUAAACAAUACAGCCCAUCAACAAGGAGAUAUACAAAUGUAUAAAUCCAUGUUAUUUUCAAGUAUAUCCAUCUUAUCUUACAGACUUGUAACAUCAAUCUUAUUUCCUUUUUUUGAGCUAUAAUGAAUGAAGAAGGGUGGACCAUUAUGAUCAUGGGAUUUUUCAAAAACCAGAAUAGGAGGUGAGGAGGGCCCACAUAACAACAAAGAAGAAAAAUAAAAAAAAAAGGGUGCUUUGGUUUGGACUUUGGACAUAACAUAAUCUUCAAAAUAGGUUGGCAGUUGGCACUCGUAAUUAUUAUAAUAUUUAUUAAAAACAGAAAUAUGAAGGGCGCUCAAUUUUGUUUAGGUGAAGUGAAGAUUUGAUUUGUGCACCAAGAAAAAUUUGGGCAGAACCGUCUUCUUUGACCUCUUCACCCCUCCUAUCACCAUUCACCACCAAAUGACCAAAUUUCGAACCCUCCAAAAGGGAAAAGACGCGGAAAAGAAAGACAGAAAGGAUUACUAAUGUCUAUUAACAUGACUGCAACUGAAAUAAAUAAAUGAGAAAACCAUAUAUCAAUAUCAACAACAUACUUUGCUAAUAUCAGCCAAAGCUUUGAAGAUAAGAAACAGAGCGGAUACGGAUGGCGACAUGAUGAUUCGGAAAAAUUAGGGACGCAGGACUGUUUCUCUCCUUCUACUACCGAUGCAAUCUAGUUAUGCUCCUAACCAUGGAUUACGAAAUCGUACCGGCCAUCAAACCGGAAUCGUUUUUGGCAUGGUAAAUCAUGGUUCAACCGUUUCCUACCGGUAAAUACCGUUUUUGGAAUAAAAAAAUUAUUUUUUUGUUAAAAAACCGUACCGACAAAAUUAGGGUACCAUACCGGGAAAAUAGCGGAAUAAAAGCGGAUUAUACCG